AUGGCCAAGUGCAAAGCUCUCAAGCUUACCCAUUUGGCUUUUGCCGAUGACUUGAUGUUCUUCUCUAAGGCAUCGAUUGCCCCUCUUGAGUCUAUCUUGCUAUGUCUUCAAUACUUCCAUGAGCUAUCUGGCCUUCGCAUCAAUCCGGCCAAGUCCUUGUUAUUCUUUGCGGGGGUUUCUGAUCUGGGCAAAUCAGCCUACUUGGAGAAAUCAGGUUUUCUUGAAGGCCAUUUGCCUGUCAAAUACUUGGGUCUCCCUUUGAUCCCGGCUAGACUAUCCGCCCAUCAUUGCACCCCUAUGCUAGACCUUAUUAAGAAGAGGCUGCAGCUUUGGAAGGGCAAGCUCCUCUCCUUUGCCGGCAGAUUGGUUCUUAUCAAAUCAGUUCUGGAAUCUUCUUACAUUUAUUGGUCAGGCAUCUUUGGGCUUCCUCAAGCUGUUAUUAAAUCCAAGGAGUCCCUCAUGGCCUCUUUUCUUUGGAAGGGCAAUGAAUCAGCUAGAUUUCUACAUCCUAUCAGCUGGGCAGUAGUGUGCCUCCCCAAAAAAGAAGGCGGUCUAGGCAUUUGUAGAAUAAAAGAGGUGAACUCGGCGGGUACCAUCAAGCUUAUUUGGAGGAUUGCCUCAAAGCAGAAAAGUAUCUGGGUAGAUUGGUUAUAUUCAGGCCUUCUUCGCCAGGACUCAAUCUGGACUGCUUCAGACUCCUUCGAUGCCUCUUUGGUCUGGCUUAAGAUCCUUGCUAGCAGGUCCCUGGUCCUCCAAGCUAUUCACUCUACUAUUGGCAAUGGGCUCUCCUCUUUCCUAUGGUUGGACAACUGGCAUCCCAAAGGAAUCCUCCUCCAUUUGGUCUCUCCAAGAACCAUCUAUGCUUCCGGCUUCAACAGGCUUUCCUUAGUGGCUGAUAUCAUUGAUCAAGCUGGGUGGUGUCCUCCUCCUUCUCCCGCCCUUGAUCUCAUCCGGAAUGAGCUCCACACCAUCUCCGUAAGGCUCCGCAAAGAGUCACUACAACCAAAAAGGUUAUCCGUUGAAAAAUAUCCAGGAAAUCAAAUGCUUGGUUGUCGAGAGAUAGUGGAUGGGAAGGCAGGUCAAUAUGUGUGGCUAACUUACAAGGAAGUAUAUGAUAUUGUAAUGAAAGUGGGGCGUUCCAUUCGCAGCUGUGGUGUUGAGCCAGGAGGUAGAUGCGGUAUAUAUGGUGUCGAUUGUCCAGAGUGGGUGAUCAGUAUGCUGGCUUGCAAUGCUCAUGGGCUUUAUUGCGUUCCUUUAUAUGAUACCCUUGGUGCUGGUGCUGUGGAAUAUAUUAUAUGCCAUGCCGAGGUUUCAAUUGUUUUCGCAGAAGAAAAGAAAAUCCCAGAGGUAUUGAAAACAUUUCCGAUGACAACAGAAAAUUUGAAGACAAUUGUGAGUUUUGGCAAGGUUACACCUGAACAAAGAGAAGAGGUUGAGAAGUUUGGUUUAGCAAUAUAUUCAUGUGAUGAAUUUUUGCAACUGGGAGAUGGUAAGGAAUUUGAUCUUCCAACGAAAAAGCUGUCUGACAUUUGUACAAUUAUGUAUACGAGUGGAACAACUGGUGACCCCAAGGGAGUACUGAUCUCCAACAAUGCAAUUGCUACUCUUUUAGCUGGUAUAGGACAAAUGUUAGAGAGUGUGAAUGAAAAGUUGACUCCAGAUGAUGUUUUUAUGUCUUACCUUCCUCUGGCUCAUAUCUUUGAUUGGGUAAUUGAGGAGCUGUUUAUUCAUAAGGGUGGUUCAAUAGGAUUUUGGCGUGGGGAUGUCAAAUUAAUGAUUGAAGACCUUGGGGAGCUAAAACCAACUCUGUUCUGCGCUGUUCCACGUGUACUGGAUAGGAUCUAUUCAGGUCUGACAGAGAAGCUAUCUUCUGGGGGUUUCUUAAAGGGAAAAUUGUUUAACUUAGCGUACUCAUUCAAACUAAAUAACAUGAAGAAGGGGCUUGCACAUGAAGAGGCCUCCCCACUGAGUGACAAAAUUGUUUUUAGCAAGGUAAAGCAAGGUUUAGGAGGGAAUGUACAUCUCAUUUUAUCUGCAGCUGCUCCUCUUGCAAAUCAUGUUGAAGCUUAUCUACGUGUGGUGACAUGUGCCCAUGUCUUGCAAGGAUAUGGUACGCAGUAUUUUGAGAACUUAUGUUGUUGA